AAAUCAGGUGAAACCCGUCGGGCAACAGUAUAAAAACAACGUUACAUCGAGCUCAUUCUGUUUACAAAAUGCAGCGCUUGGUAUUGUUAACUGUUUUGGUCUUGGCCGUGUUGGCCGCCAACGCAAAUGCUGGCAAAGUAACCAUCAGAGGCCAAUGUGUCGAUUGCAACCGACCGGAAGAGGAGAGUACAACUCACAAAUCUUCAGGCAGUCAGGAUCAUGCUGCUCACUCGCCUGGUCAAAGUAAAACGUCUGCUGCUCCAGCUCAGGCCAGCAACUCUGACUGGUCACAGCAGCUAUCAAAUCGCUUCAAACGCCAAUGGGGAGGUCAGCAAGUGAUCCGGUUUGAUGGAGAUGAUGGUGGUUUCUCUGGAGGUCGCUCAGUGACAACGAUCGAUGGACGUGGCUAUCCUGGCACAGUGGUGCGCAAUAAUGAUUGUGUUGGCUGCAACAUACGCGGCUAAAUCGACGAUUUUUACGUAAUUUUCCUGGUGACUAAAACAUAAUUAAUAAAUUGUUUUGUUCAUUGUUUAA